AUGGAGUUUGAUAGCAUGUUAAGAGAUGAAUUCCCUUACCUUUCAAGCCUUCUUUCUGAAAGUCCUUUAAAACAAGAUUUUUUAGGGUUUAAUUCUCAUAAUCACUACACUUUUUCUUCAAAUACUCAUCACCAAAAUCAUCUCCAACCCAUGAAUCUUGAUCAUUUUACCAUUGAAGGGUCAUCAAAAAAUCCAUUUCUGGGGAUUAAUUCAUGCAUUAAUCCUCUUCAAGUUCUUGAUAAUUCUUUUGAUCAUAUUCAGAGAACAAAUGCAAUACCAUUUUUUGAUCAGUCUCUGAAUUUUGAAGAUCAUCAAAUGGAAUCAAUGGUGAUACAAGGUGGUGAUGAGGUGUCAUGCAUAACUGCAGAUAUAGAAUAUAAUAAAAGGAAUCAAAAGAAGAUGAAGAAAUUAGAUGGCAGAGUUCAUAAGAAAACUCAAGUGAUCAAAGGCCAAUGGACUCCUCAAGAAGACAGUGUAUUAAUGGAGCUGGUGAAAGAGUAUGGGAUAAAGAAAUGGUCACAAAUAGCAAAGGUGCUGCAAGGAAGAGUUGGCAAACAAUGUAGAGAAAGAUGGCAUAAUCAUUUGAGGCCAGAUAUCAAGAAAGAAGCAUGGAGUGAUGAAGAAGAUGAAAUACUAAUCAAAGCACAUAAAGAAAUAGGAAACAAAUGGGCAGAAAUAGCAAAGAGAAUACCGGGAAGAACAGAAAACACUAUAAAGAAUCAUUGGAAUGCUACUAAAAGAAGGCAAUUUUCAAGGAGAAAAGGCAAAGACUCGAUUUCAAGAACCACCCUCUUACAAACCUACAUCAAAUCUUUAACUUCAUCGUCGUCGUCGUCGUCAUCAUCAUCGCCAUUAACGUCAGCAACAGCCCGUCAAGAAAUGAACAACGAACAAGAAGAUCACGCGAUGAGCAAUAUCAAUCCACAGAUUAUAAUGAAAGAGAGCCCAUCAGUUUCCUCAUCACAAGUGAUUUCAACUUAUUAUGAUGAUCAUGAUCAUCAGGAGUUGGUAUUUGAUGAGAGUAGUUUGGUAUCAUUGCUUGAUCAUCAAGAUUUCAUGCCUCGUGCUUCUGCCAUUAAUGAGAGCUAUGAGAUGCCAAUGGAGAUGGAUAAUAGUUUGAUGAUGAUGAUGAAGGGUUCUUCAUUUGAAUCAAAAAAGGAGCUGGAUUUGCUGGAAAUGAUUAUCCAGCAAACUCGUUACAACUAA